GCUAUUUCCCUUCUCACUUCGGGAUCGGGCAGCAAGAUGGUUAAACACAUUUCCUAAUGGUCACUUCAAGACCUGGGAGGCGCUGCACCAGGCAUUCAUGCACGAAUAUUUUUCGCCCUCUGCUAUGGUGAAAAUUAAAAACUCCAUCCAAAACUUCCGUCAAGCACCUAUGGAAUCAAUGAGCGAAGCAUGGGAAAGAUUCAAGGAAUUGAAGGUUAAAUGCCCACCCGCUUUAAUUGAUUCCGAUAGUUUAGUGUUCUACUUUUACCAAGGCUUGACAGUACCAUCUAAGAAGGAAUUGGACCACUCUUCUAAGCUUGGUUCUUUUCUGGAGAUGACACCUGAGGAGAAUGAGGAGCUAGUAGAAAGACUCACAUCGAAUGCUAAAUAUUGGUACGAAGACCGAGCUCCUCCUCCUAAGGCAAGCAUGUAUGAAGUAGACCAAUUCACAACUCUCAAGGCUAGUAUGGAGAGCAUUGUGAAACAAACUAUCAAGGAGCACCUAGGAGCUUCCCAUCCACGUCCCAAUCUGUAUGUUGAACCAGUGAACCAAGCUGAACUCUAUGGUUCCGGUAGUCACCACCAAUCCGAUCUUGUCUUGUCUUGUGAACACUGCUUCCAAAAUCAUCUUUCUUCCGCUUGUCCUUUGAUUCAACCACCCCCUCCGAGCAAGGCUAAAGACGUUAAUCUAGCACAAUACGCGAAUAAAGGGGAAGGGCCUUGGACCCAGAACAAUCAAGAGCAUUGGCGAGAAAGGAACAACUUCCCAAGAAACAAUCGUCCUAGGGAUGAUUGUAAGAAAGCUAAAACAGAACCAAACCCAAGAGAACAACUUCGGGCCAUAACUCUAAGAAGCGGUAAAGAGCUUCAAGGCCCAGAAGUCAAAGCCAAUGUAGAAGAAGUCCCCGUAGAUACUUCUGUAGGAGCAACCCCCGAAAAGAAGACUGAAUCCACACCUCAAGAAACGAGGAAAGAAGGAACCUCCUCUAGCCAAUCCCAACCAACCACGCAAACUCAGCAAAACACUAUUCCUUUCCCUACUAGGGUGAAAAAGAGCAAAGACGAGAAGGUUUUCCAAAAGUUUCUCGACGUCAUUGGCCAAGUUGAGGUCAAGAUGCCUUUGGUAUAUGUGUUAACUGAAAUGCCCAAAUAUGGCAAAUUCUUAACAGAUCUAGUAACUAAGAAGAGAGAUUGGGAGGAAUUCCCAGUUGUCAGCUUAAAUGCUGAAUGCUCUGCUAUGUUACUAGAGGAAAUGCCUAGAAAACGAAAGGAUCCUGGAUGCUUCAUUAUCCCUUGCUCCAUCAACGAUAGAACCUUCGGAGACGCUCUAGCUGACUUUAGGAGCUAGCAUUAAUUUAAUGUCGUCCUGUAUAAUGAAAGCAUUGGGGUUGA